AUGGCAGACCCUAACAAUGUAUCGCAAUACAAAUACUCGGCGAUGUCGAACCUGGUCCUCCAGGCGGACCGUCGAUUUAUCUCGCGCCGGACAGAUGAGAAUACUGGCGACCCUGAGUCUCUGGCUGGAAGACUCAACAUCCGUGAUAUGGGUUCUCGAGUCGCGCGAGAUCAAGUACCCAAACAAAAAAAGAUUGCGCCAGGGCUACAAGGUGUGGAAAGAGGCUCGAUACGUGAAGGCGAAGAUGUUUUGGAACGAGAGCAGAGGAAACGGAAGAGGGGUGAGCCUGCCCAACCUCGAGGUGCCGGCGUCCUUUCCGCUGGCGAUGCAUUGAUCGAAGGGCUCAAGUACCGUCCUAGGACUCCCGCCACUCGGGCGACUUACGACCUACUGCUCACCGUGACUGCAAAUGCGCUUGGAGAUGUUUCGCAGGAAAUCGUCCGAAGUGCAGCCGAUGCCAUCCUCGAAUAUCUGAAGGACGACAACUUGAAAGAUCUCGAUAAAAAAAAGGAAAUCGAUGAUAUUGUUGGCAUUACAAUGACCCCCAAGCAGUUUAAUGAAUUGGUCAAUCUGGGUAAAAAGAUAACGGAUUAUGACGCACAAGACGAGGACGAGAAUAUGGCGGACGGUGCCGGCGCUGACGAGGCCGAACUUGAUGAACGUCAGGGCGUCGCUGUCGUCUUUGACGAGGAUGAGGACGUAGACGAAGACGGCAUUGGACGAACAUACGAAGUUCGGGAUGAAGACGAAGGGGACAGUGAUGAAGAGGAAGAUAUUCAAGACCAACCAGGCCUUGAAGAAUCAGCGUCAGCUGGUGGGGCAGCUGCUCCCGACAUCGACCCAGACGACGAUGAGGAGGCCGAAAUGAUCAUAGACAGCGGGCUUGGCGAGUCUUUUCGCAGAAAGCGUGAGGAUGCCGACUUGGUUCCCAUCGACGAAAUUGAUGCCUACUGGCUCCAACGGCAAAUUGGUUCGGUGUACUCUGACGCCGUUAUCCAGCAGCAAAAGACCCGAGAUGCCCUUCAGAUCUUGUCUGGCAAAAAUCUCGAAGGUGAAGAAAUAUCCCUGCGUGAUAUCGAAAACGACUUGAUGGACUUGUUCGACUAUGAGCACGCCGACCUGGUGGGGAAACUUGUGUCCAACAGAGAAAGGAUUGUUUGGGUAACGAGGUGGCGCAGAGCCGCUGAGGAUGAGGAUGCCCGACACCUCGUGGAGAGCGAGAUGGUUGAGGCGGGCCAUCGAGCAAUGUUAGACGAGCUGCUUGGCAAAUCAGGUCGAAACGGAGACGAGCCACGGCCGGCUAAGAAGAUGAAGCUGGAUUUGAUGGACAUUGAUAUCCCCAAAGCGCAAGAAGAGCAAGAAAAGAAAAAAGACGGUGGUCUUUCCGGUGGGCUGCAGCCACAGCGGGUCAUCAAUCUCGACAAUCUCGUCUUCGAACAGGGCAAUCAUCUUAUGACGAAUCCAAAAGUCGUCCUUCCACAAGGUUCUACAAAGCGAACUUUCAAGGGCUAUGAAGAAAUCCAUGUCCCGCCGCCCAAGCCCAAACGCGACCCUGGCGAGAAGAAUAUCCCUACCACCGAGCUUCCCGAUUGGGCAAGGCAGGGUUUUGGGUCUGCGAAGGAGCUCAAUCGGAUCCAGUCGAAGUGCUUCCCAUCUGCUUUCCACGACGAUGGGAACAUGCUAAUAUGUGCUCCGACCGGAUCUGGCAAGACGAAUGUCGCGAUGCUGACGAUCCUGCGCGAAAUUGGCAAGCAUAGAAAUCCAGAAACUGGCGAAAUUAUGCUGGAUGACUUCAAGAUCAUUUACAUUGCCCCCUUGAAGGCCUUGGUGCAGGAACAAGUAGGAAAUUUUGGCAAGCGACUUGAAGUGUAUGGAAUCCGGGUGUCUGAGCUUACUGGAGACCGACAGCUCACAAAGCAACAAAUCGCAGACACACAGGUCAUCGUAACGACCCCGGAAAAGUGGGACGUUAUAACUCGAAAAGCAACCGAUCAAAGCUAUACCAGACUUGUUCGGCUCAUCAUCAUUGACGAAAUCCAUCUUCUACACGACGACCGCGGUCCCGUCAUCGAAAGCAUUGUCAGUCGGACUAUCCGUAAGAUUGAACAGACUGGCGAGCCUGUGCGGAUUGUCGGUCUGAGCGCCACGCUUCCCAAUUACCGAGAUGUGGCGACUUUCCUACGAGUCGAUCCUGAAAAGGGUCUCUUCCACUUUGAUGGGUCUUUCAGACCAUGCCCUCUUCGGCAGGAAUUCAUCGGUGUGACCGACAAGAAAGCCAUCAAGCAACUCAAGACCAUGAACGACAUCUGCUACGCAAAAGCCAUCGAGCAUGCGGGAACUAAUCAACAACAAAUGCUGAUUUUUGUUCACUCUCGGAAAGAAACUGCCAAAACUGCCAAAUAUAUCCGUGACAAGGCGAUCGAGCUGGAAUCAAUUGGUCAAAUCAUGCGGACCGACGCAGCAAGCAGGUCAGUCCUGCAGGAGGAGGCUGAUGCGGUCAACGACGCCAACCUGAAAGAUUUGUUACCAUAUGGAUUCGGAAUACAUCAUGCUGGCAUGGGCGUUGCUGAUCGAACUUCUGUUCAGGAUCUGUUUGCCGAUGGCUAUCUAAGAGUCCUCGUCUGCACUGCAACCCUGGCUUGGGGUGUCAAUCUUCCCGCACAUACCGUUGUCAUCAAAGGCACUCAAGUUUACUCCCCUGAAAAGGGGAGCUGGGUCGAACUGAGUCCACAAGACGUCCUUCAGAUGCUCGGUCGAGCGGGCCGGCCACAGUUUGACUCAUAUGGUGAAGGUAUCAUCAUAACGUCGCAGGCCGAGAUUCAGUACUAUCUUUCGCUGAUGAACCAACAAUUGCCCAUCGAAAGCCAACUGAUGGGCAAACUAGCCGACAACCUCAACGCAGAAAUUGUCCUUGGAAACAUCCGCACCCGUGACGAGGGCGUUGAAUGGCUCGGGUACACUUAUCUGUUCGUUCGGAUGAUACGCUCGCCCGGUCUCUACAGUGUGGGUGCAGAUUAUGGCAACGAUGAGGCCUUGGAGCAGAAACGAGUCGAUCUCAUCCACUCAGCCGCCAUUGUUCUCGAAAAGGCCGGACUUGUCAAGUACGAGAAGAAGACCGGAAAGCUGCAAGCCACCGACCUUGGUCGCAUUGCGUCGCAUUACUAUAUAACACAUAAUUCCAUGCUGACCUACAACCACCACCUCCAACCCUCAAUCGGCACAAUCGAGCUCUUCCGGAUUUUUGCUCUCAGUGAUGAAUUCAAAUACAUCCCGGUCCGACAAGACGAGAAGCUUGAGUUGGCGAAGUUGCUCGGGAGAGUACCCAUUCCUGUCAAAGAAGGGAUGGAUGAACCACAAGCCAAAAUCAACGUUCUCCUGCAAGCCUUUAUCUCGCGCCUCAAGUUAGAAGGUCUGGCUUUGAUGGCUGAUCUGGUCUACGUCACACAAUCAGCAGGUCGAAUCAUCAGAGCCAUCUUCGAGAUAUGUCUAAAAAAGGGUUGGGCUGGGGUGGCGAAGACUGCCUUGGACCUCUGCAAAAUGGCCGAGAAGCGUAUGUGGCCUACGAUGACUCCUUUAAGACAAUUUUCGAUGUGCCCCAGAGAAUACAUCCAGAAAGCUGAGCGGAUGGAAGUCCCGUGGUCCAGCUACUUUGACCUUGAUCCGCCUCGCAUGGGGGAGCUGCUCGGUCUUCCCAAGGCAGGCCGGGUUGUGUGCGACCUUGUUUCGAAAUUUCCGCGGCUGGAGGUCCAAGCGCAAGUGCAACCGAUCACCAGAUCACUGCUUCGUGUCGAGCUGACCAUCACUCCCAACUUUGUGUGGGAUGAAGCAAUACAUGGGACUGCCGAGUCGUUCUGGAUUGUUGUGGAAGACUGUGAUGGAGAGGAGAUCUUGUUCCACGACAUGUUCAUCCUACGGCGAGAGUACGCCGAGGGUGACAUGUCUGAACACUUGGUUGACUUCACAGUUCCCAUCAGCGAGCCUAUUCCACCGAAUUAUUUCAUCUCGCUGAUCUCGGAUCGGUGGAUGCAUUCCGAGACCAGAAUUCCCGUCUCGUUUCAAAAGCUAAUCCUGCCCGAAAGAUUUCCUCCUCAUACUCCACUUCUCGAUCUACAACCUGUGCCUGUCCAGGCUCUGAAGGUCAAAGACUACGUCGCGCUGUAUCCCAAGUGGGACAGGUUUAACAAAAUCCAGACUCAAGUCUUCAAAUCCCUGUACGACAGCAAUGACAGUGUCUUUGUGGGAGCGCCCACGGGGAGCGGAAAGACUGUAUGUGCCGAAUUUGCUCUUCUUCGACAUUGGAAGAAUCCAGACGCUGGCAAAGCAGUCUAUAUCGCUCCCUUCCAAGAGCUGGUCGAUGGUCGUUUCGCUGAUUGGAACGAACGGUUGAGCCGAGUGGGUUCCGGAAAGCUCAUAUCAACCCUGACUGGCGAGAUUACGGCUGAUCUGCGAAUACUGGACAGAUCUGACCUGGUAUUGGCCACUCCCGCUCAAUGGGAUGUCCUGUCAAGACAAUGGCAGCGCCGGAAAAAUGUACAAAACGUGGAGCUGUUCAUUGCCGACGAACUCCACAUGAUCGGCGGCGAAAAUGGCGCCGUCUAUGAGGUUGUGGUUUCCCGGAUGCAAUACAUCCACAUCCAACUAGACAACAAUAUGCGGAUUGUCGGAUUGAGCGUCCCGUUGUCGAAUGCGCGGGACGUGGGCGAAUGGCUCGGUGCCAACAAACACACAAUUUACAACUUCAGCCCCAUGACGAGGCCGGUGGGAAUGCAGUUACACAUUCAGUCAUUCAGUAUCCCUCAUUUCCCGUCUCUGAUGAUGGCCAUGGCCCGUCCAACAUAUCAAUCCAUCAUACAACUGUCACCUGACAAGCCAGUGAUCGUCUUCGUUCCGGGACGCAAACAGGUCCGGGCCACAGCUCUCGAUCUUCUUUUAGCGUGCAUCAUGGAUGAUGAUGAUGAACGAUUCUUACAUACCGACGUGAAUGAACUCAGACCAUUCUUGGAACGGAUCAACGAACGGGCACUGGCAGAGUCCUUGACGCAUGGUAUUGGAUACUAUCACGAGGCACUGUCGACCAGUGACAAGAGAAUCGUCUCUCAUCUCUUCAAGAUUGGAGCCAUCCAAGUGAUGCUCGCUUCCCGCGACGUCUGUUGGGAAAUCCCAUUCACAGCGCAUCUCGUUGUCAUCAUGGGAACGCAGUACUUUGUGGGCCGCGAACACCGCUACGUCGAUUACCAGAUCAGCGAGAUCCUUCAGAUGUUUGGCCGAGCUUGUCGGCCUGGCGAAGAUGAUAUCGGAAAGGGCGUGCUCAUGGUCUCGGCGGUCAAGCGCGAAUAUUACAAGAAAUUCCUCAAUGAGGCAUUACCCAUAGAAAGCCAUCUGCAACUCUGGCUACAUGACGCGUUUGUCACUGAGAUCAGCACAAAGACAAUCGCAUCUACACAAGACGCUGUCGACUGGACCACCUACACGUACUUCUACCGCCGUCUUCUAGCAAACCCAAGCUACUACGGCCUCAACGACACGUCUCACGAAGGUCUUAGCACGCACCUCUCGGAGCUCAUUGAAACCACGCUGAAGGAACUCUCCGAUGCCAAAAUCAUCGACUUGGAUGAAGAAGACGAUACCAUAUCCCCACUGAACCCCGCCAUGAUCGCCGCAUACUAUAACAUCUCCUUCAUCACAAUGCAGACCUUCCUCCUCUCCCUCACAGCUCGCACAAAACUCAAGGGUCUCCUCGAAAUUGUCACGUCUGCCACGGAGUUUGAAUCGAUCCAACUCCGUCGGCAUGAAGAUCACGUACUCCGCCGUAUCUAUGAUCGUGUGCCGGUGAAGAUGUCAGAGCCCGUCUACGACUCGCCACACUUCAAAGCAAUGGUGUUGCUACAGGCACAUUUUUCGAGGAUGCAAUUGCCCAUCGAUCUCGCCAAAGAUCAAGAGGUCAUAGUGUCAAAGACGCUCGCGUUGCUCUCGGCUUGUGUCGAUGUGCUAAGUUCCGAGGGCCACUUGAACGCGAUGAACGCCAUGGAAAUGUCACAGAUGGUUGUGCAGGCCAUGUGGGAUCGCGACUCUCCGCUCCUGCAGAUCCCACAUUUUGACUCUCGGAUCGUGGAUGUUCUCGCUAAACAGGGAAUCAAGGACAUUGACGAUUUCAUGACGGCAAUGGAUCCCUCUGAGAAUCCCGAUCAGGCCAAACUGGUGCAGAUGAUGGGUUUGAGUAAUCGACAACUCGUGGAGGCGGCCGACUUUACGAACAACAAGUACCCGAGUCUCGAGCUGGAGUUUGACGUCGAGGACAAGGAGGAGGUUACAGCCGGCCAGCCAGCCAUUUUGUCGAUCCGCAUCUCGCGAGAGGCGGACGAUGAGGACGAAGACGAAGAAGAGGGAGGCAAAGGCGAUGGCGCCGACCAAGACGUUGACAUCACAGUCCACGCCCCCUUUUACCCACUCCGCAAACUCGAAAACUGGUGGCUCGUCGUCGCCGAGGAGAAGACAAGGUCGCUCCUGGCCAUCAAACGCGUCACGAUCGCGAAGAAGCAAUUUGGCACGAAGCUGGAAUACGUCGUCCCGACCGCGGGCAAGAAGGACCUCACCUUGUUCCUCAUGUGCGACUCGUACGUGGGCGUGGACCAAAGCAUGGCAUUCAGUGUGGACGUCAAGGAAGGGGAGGAUGAAGAUGAGGAGGACGAGGAAGGAGACGAAGAUGAGGAGAUGCAGGAUGGUGGAGAGUAG